AUGGGCUCAGUCAACUCCAUCGCGGCUUCCACUACUGAAUCCUCAGCUCCAACGACCGUAUCAACGCAAACACAUAGCGUUUCCGAUGGUGGCGAAGUGGAUGUGGAGUUUCCAGCGGACAUGGGAUCGGUCAACGCUAUCGCAGCUCCUACCACUGAGCCCACAGCUCCACCGAUCGCAUCAAUACAAACAAAUAGCGUUCCUGACAGUGGCGAAGUGGAUGUGGAACUCCCCGCGGACAUGUUCUCAGUCAAUACCGUCGCAGCUUCUACCAGUGAACGCACUGCUCCAACGACCAUACCAACGCAAGCACAUGUGCGCCGUCCAUUCGAUAAACUCAAUUCACUUUCGUAG